GAUGCUUGCUAGCAACUGUUAGCGUGAGAUCAGCUGAUCGUCACCACCACAGCCACCAUAGUAACGAAAGCUUCGCGUCAUGGCAAAUAAACGGUGUAAAAGAAGAUCGCCCGAUUAUUGAGGAAUAAAGAGGCUUAUAUGAGAGCUUCGCCUGAGAAGUAACAAUGUCUUCCCUCUGAGGAUGGGAGGAAGUGCAUCCAAAGCCAAAGGUGUGUGGCCUUUCUCAGGCAGUGGAGCUGCAGGUGAUUCUACCUGUGAAGCCAAUGAGCAGACAUUGGCCCGCCUCAAAUGUUCCAGUAUUGCCACACCUUUUGUCUUUACCAGGAGAAGCUCGCUAUACUACGACGAGGAUGGCGACCUCGCCCACGAAUUUUACGAAGAGAUGGUGGUGACGAAAAAUGGCAGGAAAAAGUCCAAAUUGAAGAGGAUUCAAAAGAAUCUGAUUCCACAGGGAAUUGUAAAGCUCGACCAUCCCUGCAUCCAUGUGGACUUCCCCAUCAUCCUCUCUGAGGUGUGAAGCUUUUUAUCCCACAUAUCAAGUACUCCUACUCUACUGAAGAGCGCAGGACUAACUUGUCUUACUUUGGGACAUUUAACAUCAAAUAUUGUCAUCAUAAUGUAUACAAAUAAUAUCAUUCACUCGCGCAUACUCUUGAAGGAGCUAGCUAGCCUUGCCAACAUAUCAAAUAUUGUCACCUUAGUGAAGAAUAAUAUUAAUAUCAUUCACACACACAUAGUCAUGGAGGAGCUAGCUAGCUUUGCCAAAACGUCAAAUAUAGUUAUCAAAAGGAAUAAUAGUAUCAUUUACAAACACAUCGUCAUGGAGAAGCUAGCUAGCUUUGCCAAAACGUCAACAUUGUUAUUAAAAUGAAUAAUAAUGUUAAUGAUAUCAUUCACACACACAGGUAGUAAUGGAGGAGCUAGCAAGUUUUGUCAACAAAACAAAUAUUGUCAUAACGAAUAUUAAUAAUAUCAUUCACACACACGUAGUCAUGGAAGAGCGAGCUAGCGUUGCCAACACAACAAAUAUUGUCAUCAUAACGAACAAUAAUACACACGUGGUCUUGGAGGAGCUAGCUAGCUUUGCCAAAGCGUCAAAUAUUGUUGUCAAAAGGAAUUACAUUAUUCACACACACAUAGUCGUGGAGGAGCUAAGUAGCUUUGCCAACAUGUCAAAUUUGGCAUCAUAAUGAGCAUUGAACAGCAACAAUAGUAAUAAUAGUUGUGGAGAAACUAGCCAGCUUCGCCCAAAGUUUAACAUUAUCAUAAUGAACAAUGAUAAUAAUGAUAUCUUUCACACACACACAUAGUCAUGGAGGAGAAAGCUAGCUUUGCCAACAUGUCAAAUAUUGUCAUCAUAAUGAACAAUAAUAACAUAAUAAUGAUAAUAAUCAUGUAGUUAUGUAGAAGAUAGCUAGCUUUGCCAACAUGUCAAAUAUUGUGGUCAUAAUGAACAAUAACAACAUAAUAAUAAUAACAAUAAUAAUCGAUGAUAAUAAUCACGUUGUCAUGGAGGAGCUAGCUAGCUUUGCCAACAGGUCAAGUAUUGUCAUCAUAGUGAACAAUAUUAAUAAUUAUAUCAUUCACACAUAGUCAUGGAGGAGCUAGCUAGCGUUACCAACACGUAAUUGCGUUGCUUUUCUCUCUGAUGUUGUGGCAACAACAAAAAGGACUUUUAGGGCCACGAGGAAAAUAAACAAAAAUGCCAGAAAUUAAUGUACAUUUGUGGUCAAAAGUUUACAUAGGACAUAAUGUCAUGGCUGACUUGAGUUUCCCAUCAUUUCUACAGCUCUUGUUUUUUUUGUGAUAGAGUGAUUGGAGCACAUACUUGUUUGUCACAAAAAACAUUAAAGAAGUUUGGUUCUUUUAAGAAUGUAAUAUGGGUCUAUUGAAAAUGUGACCAAAUCUGCUGGGUCAAAAGUAUACAUACAGCAACAUACAUGAUCAAUUUUGGUGAUGUAGAAAAGUUACAAUCAAAUCAAAUUAGCUUCAUGGCAUGGCCUCUAACCUUCAUGUGAGUGAUUAUGAUUGAGGCCACCUGUUGACUUCUCUGAGCCCAUUUAAAUAGGGCUCAUGUGAUGCAGUCAUUAGACUCGGUUACAAACACGACAAUGGGAAAGUCAAAGGCACUCAGCACACAUCUGAAAAAAUGAAUCAUUGACUUAAACAAGUCAGGAAAGUCACUGUAGCCAUUUCAAAGCAGCUUAAUUUCCCAAGAGCAACUGUGCAGACAAUUGUUUGUAAGUAUAAAGUGCAUGGCACAGUUUUGUCACUGCCACUAUCAGGAAGAAAACGCAAGCUAUCACCUGCUGCUGAGAGAAAAUGGAUCAGGAUGAUCAAGAGUCAACCGAGAACCACCAAAAAGCAGGUCUGCAAUGAAUUGGAAGCCUCUGGAACACAGGUGUCAGUGUCCACUGUCAAGCGUGUUUUGCAUUGACAUGGACUGAGAGGCUACCAUGCAAGAAGGAAGCCCUUGCUCCAGAAGCGACACCUUAAGGCUCGUCUAAAGUUUGCUGCUGAUCACAUGGACAAAUAUAUGACCUUCUGGAGGAAAGUUCUGUGGUCAGAUGAAACAUAAACUGAGCUGUUUGGCCACAAUACCCAGCAAUAUGUUUGGAGGAGAAAAGGUGAGGCCUUUAAUCCCAGGAACACCAUGCCUACAGUCAAUCAUGGUGGUGGUAGUAUUAUGCUCUGGGCCUGUUUUGCUGCCAAUGGAACUGGUGCUUUACAGAGAGUAAAUGGGACAAUGAAAAAGGAGGAUUACCUCCAAAUUCUGGAAUGGCUAAAUCAGGCUAGAAUUCAGAUUUUAGGAUGGCCUUCCCAAAGUUCUGACUUAAAUGCCAUUGAGAACAUGUGGACAAUGCUGAAUAAACAAGUCCAUGUCAGAAAAACAAAACAAAUUUAGCCGAACUGCACCAAUUUUGUCAAGAGGAGUGGUCAAAAAUUCAACCAGAAGCUUGUGGAUGGCUACCCAAAGGGCCUUAUUGCGGUGAAACUUGCCAAGGGACAUGUAACCAAACCGUAUACUUUUGACCCAGCAGAUUUGGUCACAUUUUCAGUAGACACAUAAUAAAUUCAUAAAAGAACCAGACUUCAUGAAUGUUUUUUGUGACAAACAAGUAUGUGCUCCAAUCACUCUAUCACAAAAAAAUAGAGUGAUUGUAAACUUUUGACCACGACUGUGUAUAUACCUGUGGUAUUAUGAGAAAAGUGCUCUUUUUUUGAUGGAAUUAAUAAUAUUGUGAGAAUGUCAUAAGAGUCAAAUGACAACAUUUUCAUUCUCAAAAUAUUUGUAUAUUCUCAACCAAUUUUUUUCUUUAAUAUAUUUUACUCUCAUAAAAUUAAAUUGUUUGUCUUGUAAUAUUACAUAAUUUAAUUAACUUAAUUUCAUUAUCUUCAUCCUGGUAAUAUUAUGAAGUUUUUCUUACAAAUAUAUCAUUUUCUUUUCAUUGUAAUAUUACAUCGAUAUUGUAAUAAACUAUAUUUAUUGUGUAAUUUUCUACUUUAUUUUUAUAUAUCAUUACCAUAGAAAUAUGACUUUUAAAAAAUUGUAUAUUACACUUAUUUCUGAAAUAUGAGAAGUGUUAGUACCAUAAAAAUAUUUCUUGUAGUUUACUACUUUAUUUUGGUAAUAUUUUCAAUAAAAUGUCUCAUGUUUCAUGUAAUAUUGCAAUAUUGUUAUGUCUUGUUGUUAUUUGUCUUUAUUUACUGUGGUCCUAAAACUUCUUUGUACAGAAAUACAGUUUAAAAGUAAGUGUAUGCCUUUUGUGGAACGUGGAAUUGUAGCAACUUCGUGUGUUUGUGUGUGUGUGUGUGUGUGUGUGUGUGCGCGCGCGUGCGCAAAUGGGUUGUGUAGUUCCAGGAUAAUUGUACGUAAAAUACAUUUUGUGUGUGUCAGCCUUCUCAAUCACGUUUGCUCAGACCUGCACUAGUGAACUUGAUGCACUGUACAUAUUUGACAUAAUCGUUGGAAAUACUUGAAUAAAUGAUUUACUGAGCUCAAUGUCUCCAGUCAGGACAGCUUUUCUUCAGAUGUUUGAAGUUUUCACUUUCUUAUGUUGAGACAAGAUUCAGUGAUAGGAGAGAAAGGUUUUUACUUCGAUAUGUUCAUAUUUUAUCUGCAGUCCUAAAUCAUGUGUUAACAGAAGACGAGUGUCGUAAGUAAGAAGACGUAAUAAAUGUAUUCACAGCAUGACUUUUGCUUUCGAAUAAGACACAAGAAAUAUAAUCAAUAGUCACGUAUCACAUUUCUUUACUUGAUACCAGAGGCGGGCUGUGCGUUUCUCACCCAGGCCUUUCCUGAUGUCCUACUUAGUCCGACUUCACCUCUCAAAAUACCGUAAUGUAUGUCACCACAUGGACACAGCUGGAGAUACUAUACAGAAACACACGAGCACACUACUGUGUAUUGAAUCCCCUCAACAGUGUAUAAAAGGGUCUUAUUUUUCGGCGCAUUUAACAUUCAAUAAACCAGCUUCAGCAAUUAAAACAUAUCUUAAGUGGUACUGUCAAAAUUUAAAUAAUUUUAUAAAACAAAUGAACAUGAAAAAAUAAAUAAAAUAUUUUAACUCACAAUUUGUAUCACCCAUCCGACCCCGUAUAAGCCAGUGGUACUGUCGUAGUUGGUUGAUUUGUGUGAAAGUGGCGGGCAUUUCCCAAUUUCACCGCCGGUGUUGUGCCAAAAUGAAAUUGCCUGCAAAAAAUGUAUUUUCCUUCGCGGAAGCGUGCUCCGCUCGCUAAACCUGCAUUGCUUGGCUUCGUCUGUCCACAGC